AUGAUUAGUGUUGGAGCAGAUGGUGUGGUUAAGGAUUUGGCACUGGAGCUGGGUUGUAAAGUGGAGCAGUUGCCUAUAAAGUAUUUGGGUUUACCACUAGGUGCAACUGCAAGAUGUGCAUCUGUGUGGGAUGAGGUGGUGCAGAGAAUGGAGGUUAAAUUAGCUUCAUGGAAAAAAAAGGAACAUUUGUCUUUCAAUAUAAAUAAUGGUAAAUCUUUAAGAUUUUGGCAGGAUAAUUGGACUUCAGGAGGUAUUUUAAAAGAAAGAUUUCCUGCAAGUUACAAGGCUUGCAAUACUAAGUUGGCUUCAGUGGAGGAGAUGAUACAGAAUGGCAGACUGCAUUACAGUUCAAGAAGAAAUCUGUCAGCAAUGGAACAGUUGGAGUGGGAUUUACUUUGUAAUGAAAUGGGACAUGUGCAUGGUUUGAAUGAAGAGGAAGAUACUGUUGAGUUCUUGGGAGGUUUCUCAGUUAAGAAGUGUUAUGAAUUACAAGUGCAGGAUGAUCCAGUUGGAGAUUUUAACAAGUUUCUAUGGAAGAAACGUGUUCCACCAAAGGUCAGUUUUAUGCUAUGGGAUUACUUUCAUGAUUCUCUACCUACACUAACAAUGUUAAGGCAUAGAGGAAUGGACCUGCAGUCUGUGAAUUGUGUUUUCUGCAAUGCUGAAGUUGAGACAACAGAUCACAUGUUUCUGCAUUGUGAUUAUGCUUUCAAAGUUUGGUCAAAAUUCUUAGAGGGAUUUGGAAUUGAUUGGGUUGCUUCUGUUACUGUUUGGAGACUUUUUGAAGCUUGGAAAUUGAACAAUGUUCAAGGUAGGGGUAGGGAGAUAUGGUGGAAACUUAUCUAUGCUGUUUUAUAG